AUGUGUUUGUUUCUUACAAACACCACCAAUGGCCUCUACUGUCACUGUUACUCCUCUACUCUAUACAGACAAGGAGGUGGGUUCUCUUCUUUCAGUCAUGAUAACUAUGGAGUAGUAUUGACAACUGGUUGUUCUUCAUCACCUCCAGAAAUUUGUGUGUUCACUUAUUCUGAUCAAAUGGAGGAUGUGAGAGCUGGUUGUUGGGGUUUUCCUCUUAAAGGGAAUUGCAACACAAGUAUUACAAGUUCUAGCGGUGAUGUGGUGGAGGUUAAUAAGGGCUCCUCCGAUUGCAGUGAUGACAACCUGAAUAUGAACAAUGAAGAGACAAAAGAACAAACAGAUUGUGGACAUUCAAAGCUUUGUGCAAGGGGACAUUGGAGACCUGCAGAGGAUACCAAGCUCAAGGAACUUGUGGCUCUAUAUGGCCCUCAAAAUUGGAACCUUAUUGCUGAGAAGUUGGAAGGUAGAUCAGGUAAGAGUUGCAGACUGAGAUGGUUCAACCAAUUGGAUCCAAGAAUCAAUAGAAGAGUAUUUACAGAGGAGGAAGAAGAGAGGCUAAUGCAAGCUCACAGACUUUAUGGUAACAAAUGGGCAAUGAUUGCUAGACUUUUCCCAGGAAGAACUGAUAAUGCUGUCAAGAACCAUUGGCAUGUCAUAAUGGCUAGGAAAUACAGAGAACAAUCAAGUGCUUAUCGACGAAGAAAGCUCACCCAAUCUGUCUACUCAAGGCAUUUGGAGGACAAUCCAACCUUCUCACCCACUAAUAAUUAUAAGUACCCUCCAAACAUGAUGACCAAGUCCCCCCAGAGUUCUGGAUUUUGUGCACAAUUACAACAAACCCAUUUGGAUUCCUUCACUGGUCCUAAGAACAAUGAAGGCAUGGAAAUGUUGAGUCAGGGCAGACCAUGGAAUGAGCCUCACAUUUCUGGUUUCUUUCCCCACCACCCUCCUCCAACGCAACACUCAAAUUACUAUUACUUGUUGAGGGAGUCUGCAGCAGCACCAACUGAUCAUCAGAAGCAAGUGUCAUGGGUGCCUGACCCUGAAGCUACGUCAUCAGCAGCAGCAGCAGAGAACAAGGAGACCAUUAAUCCUCCACCAUUCUUCGACUUUCUUGGGGCCUUGCUGACUGUGGACCUAAAACUCAAGACCAGAGAUUCCCCUGAAACUUAA